AUGACGGCAGUCCUCAGAACUAAGACGUACUUUGAUUUUAAAGUAUCUGGUGAAAUUUUUACUCACGCUUACUUUAAGACUGUAGAAGCACAGUUUUGGCAACUAAAACACUACUUAAGUUUUCGUUUAAAAACUGACCAAGUAAUUUUACCGUGGAAUACUGUUUAUAAUGAUUGGCAACGUUCUCUCAAUCUUAUCGAAAAAAAUAGUCGCAAAAGGUUACCAGUCUGUAUAACGUCAUUUUGCAAAGACCUGCUCGAAAUUUGUGAAACUUUUGAAGGAUUUACUAUAAAGCAGAAAUGUGAAGAAUGGUAUGGUGAGAUUUAUCAACGAAAUCUCGACAAGCAGUUAGUUGAAAGGAUUCGGGAACUUGACGCAACAAUAUUCUCGGAGCGUAAAUAUUCGGAACUAUACAGAAACGCAUCAAAUAAACCAUUAAUAGAAGAUAAUGGAGAAACUUCAUCCAGUAGUCGGAAUGAAACUGAAUUGGCAACGGACCAAAGUCAAGAACAUACAACCAAGUUUCAACACCAAGAUCUUCAUAAUCCGUGUCCAUCCCAAUAUGGUGUGCAGAGUAAGAUAAUAGGAACAACAAAGGGAAAAAAACGAGGAGGAUACAGUACGCCUUGUCCAAUAAUGGAGGAUGAUAUUAAGGAUAAACCAAGAUCAAAGAGACGCGCGCUCUCCCAUACUGAUGACGGAUCAAAUUAUGAUAGUUACAAGAUUUAUGAUGAAUCCGAUAAGCAUUACGAGUCCGAGGAAAGUGAUGAUGAGUAUGAGAAUGAAUUAAGGCUAAACAUAGAUGACAUCGGAUUUGAAGAAUACAUUGAUCAAAGGAACGAACCAUUCAUUUUUAAAACUAAAGACAUUUCAUCAUUAUUUGAAUCUUAUCGAUCCAAAGCAUUAUCUCUUGCACAAAAUUAUGGACUGCUAGUAACAAAGAAUUAUCAUGAAAUAUUAAGUCUAUCACAUAUUUUAUUACUUCAGGCUGAUAACUACUCAGAUAUGCAAGUGAAAACAUUUUCUAGGGAUAUACUCGAAGAUUUAAGAAGGGAUAUAAAAUCACGUUUUAUUGGAAAAGAAAAGGUGUCAAGAGACAUAAAAUCACUAUUACAAGAGUAUAUAGAGAUUGCACUUGAUAAUGAUGAUGGUGGGUUAUGUGAACUUCGUAAGACAAUUAUAAACUCUUUCUCGAAAACAUCUGAUUCAACAACAGAAGAAUUUUUCCAACGAAUGCUGUUUCUAUUUCAACACCUGUCUUACACAAUUCCGCUACGUUCAUUGAAAGAAAAACUUAGCGAAGGAACUUUGGUGGCGAAUAUAAUAAGUCCUAUAUUGCGCAUUUUCCUUCAUGAUGCUUAUAUAUAUCCGACUAUUUGGCCAAAUACGUCCAGUGCUAGUUCAAAAACCCGAAAGCUUGCUGUUGGAGAUCCUACCCGAGCCAAACAACCCGAUAUGAUCGGGAAUAUCGUCAAUAAUGGCAAGUUUGCUUAUGAGGUGAUAUAUGGAGAAGUGACAGGCGAAGGAAAAAAUAACACAGAAAAGAAAAACUUAAUUGAUUUAAUUAGGUUGGGAAUAUUUAUGAAGGACUCGCUGGAUAAUCUUUUGCUGAAUACCGGUGUUAAUCGGGUUUUUGCUUGGCAAGUUAUCGUCACAAAAUGGACUGGUUAUCUAAUGACUUUGAUUUGUCCUGGGAUUUAUGUGAUGAUUGAUACCGGUGGUAGUGUGAAACUUCCAAGAUCCUUCGAAUCUUGCAAUAUGUUUUUAAGUGGACUAGACACGCUGCAUGCAUUUCAGAAGGAAGAAUCCGAGAAUGAAGAAACAUCCAAUGAUAAUUUUAAAACAUGGCAUCGUCAAACACUUGGAACACCUGCGUUCAAAAGAACCGUCAGAUUCAAAUGA